CAACCGAACGUUUGUUUUUCCACACCGUUGCAUCACGAAACGUACCAUGUGAUGGUGGUUUGAUCUGUUUUUUGUUUUGAGAUUAAACCCUGGUAUACCCUGAGGCACUGGUCACUGUAACCACACGACACACAGAGGGUCUGAAACAAAUUCACAAGUUAUCAUGACAAAACCAGAAGGAUUUGAAUUUUGGAGGACUAAGCUAAAAUCAGCUCGUCUUGUGGUGGCGCCAAUGGUUGACCAAAGUGAACUAGCUUGGAGAAUGCUGAGUCGAAGAUAUGGAGCAGAGCUGUGUUUCACCCCCAUGUUUCACGCCAAUUUGUUUGCACGAGACCCAACUUACAGGAGGGACUGUUUGCAGACAUGUGAGAGUGACAGGCCACUUAUUGUGCAGUUCUGCGCCAAUGAUCCAGAUACAUUUUUAAAGGCAGCUAAACUGGCUGAAUCUCACUGUGAUGCCAUAGACCUCAACCUUGGGUGCCCGCAGAGUAUAGCUCGUCGAGGUCAUUAUGGUGCUUACCUCCAAGACGAAUGGGAGCUACUGGAAAAAAUGGUGAGACUGUGUCAUGCUGACCUGAGGGUUCCCAUCACCUGCAAGAUCCGUGUGUUUGAGACUCUGGAGAAGACUGUACAAUAUGCCCAGAUGUUGGAGAAGGCUGGAUGCCAGCUGCUGACUGUUCAUGGCCGCACAAAGGAACAGAAGGGUCCUAUGACUGGUGUCGCUAACUGGGAGUUCAUUAAGGCUGUCAGGGAAAGAGUGCAGAUCCCCGUCUACGCUAAUGGAAACAUCCAGUACUUCCAGGAUGUGGAACAGUGUAUCAAGGAGACAGGUGUUCAGGGCGUCAUGUCUGCAGAGGGCAACCUGCACAACCCUGCCCUGUUUAGUGGCCAGCAACCCCCAGUCUGGGACAUGGUGGGGGAGUACCUGGAUCUGGUCAAGAAGUACCCUUGCCCGAUAUCCCCAGUCAUUCGUGGGGAAUACCUGUCUUCAAGAUACUGCACCAUCGCGCUGCAGGUACACCAGGACGUCAGGGAGGAGGUGGCUACUGCGAAGACUGUGGAGGACUUCAGACUGGCCAACAAACACAUCCAGGAGAAGUGUCAGGAGGACAUGGCAAAGUUUGCUGUCUCCUCUGAGGAGAUUCUGAAUAGGACCAAGCUGCCUCUGCCUUACUGGAUCUGUCAGCCCUACAUCAGACCCGGUCCCAACCCAAAUGCCAAUGGAGAAAAGCGUGCUGAGCGUGAUCGCCUCAACUUGAAACGCAACAAUGAGCUGAACGCCCUAGCCAUGGAAGGGUUGUCCAACAAACUGAAGAAGAUGUUGCGACAUCCUAAGAAGAACUUUGAUCCUUCCUCCAAGACGACGUACGAUACAUGUGCCAUGUGUUGCAAUCCCAAGGGACAGAAAUGUGAAUUCAGUUUAUGCAAAGGCUGCUGCAAGAAGAAGUCAGUGAAAGAGACCUUGAACUGUGCUGGCCAUGGCCUCACCUUCAAGACCAAGGCCGAGAGGAAACGACUAGAGAGUGAACAACAAUCUGACGCUUGUGUAGCAUUGGCCCUGAACGGUGCCAGUAAUGGCGCUGAGUGUCAGCGGUCAUCAACUGUCAACACAGCUAGUGCUGAUCAACCACCUGAAGACUUGUGCCACACAGACUCUUUACCAACUGAUAAAAACUCAGCUGAUGUAGUUUUGUAGCACAUGGAAACUGAAAAUGUACGCAUCCCAUUUCAUUGAUUGAGAGCUUAUCUCUUGAUAUGUUGCACUGCCAGACUGGAUACAUCAUAAUAUUUGUGUUGCCAUGGAGAUCAUGUAGACAAGCAUAUACAUCUUGUGAUUUACACAAGGAUAAAGAAAUCGUUAAAUACUCUGGCUUUUGAAGGUGGGUAUUGCCUCAAACAGGUUGGAAGUCAUUUUAAUUGUCCUUGGGAAAUUCUUUGACUGAAUCUCUUAAAAUCCUUCAAAUGCUGCUGUAAUAAAGUCAAUUUUAUUUUUUAAGUAUAUAAUUUUGACCAAGUGAUUUUGAUCUAUGCUGGUCAUAACAGGCGACUAACGGGUGGUCAGACUUUCUGACUUGGUUGACGUCAUGGUCGAUACGUGAAGUCUCAGUCACUGGAUUGUCUGGUCCAACUUUAAUUCCUUAAGGUUUGCCAGGGGUGGUGGAAUAGCCAGUGGUUAAAGCGUCCACUCGUCACGCCGAAGACCCGGGUUCGAUUCACCACAUGGGUACAAUGUGUGAAGCCCAUUUCUGGUGUCACGCGUGCUGUGAUGCUGGAACAUUGCUAAAUGCAGCGUAACACCAUACUCACUCACUCACUAAGGUUUGCCAUCAUGUAGAAGGAAUAUUGCUGAAUGCAGUGUUAAACCACCAUCAGACACACACCAUUUAAUGUGUGUUGGACACAGGGACACAGGGAGGUAAUGGACAGUGGAUGUUCAAUGAUGUCCCUUCAACUUGCUUACUGUGUACAGUGUUUCAUAUGUCCGGUACUGCACUGAUGUUUAUUUGAGACUGGGCUAACCAUCAUGUCUAAAGCUUUAUGUGACCUUCUUGUGAAUAAAUAUUUCCAAUAUA